AUGAAAAAGAAGUAUCAAGGCAAUGCAAGGGUGAAACGGGCACACCUUCAAGCACUUCGCACUGACUUUGAAGCACUUCAUAUGAAGCCGGGAGAGUUCCUUUCUAACUAUUUCUCAAGAAUGAUGGCGAUUGCAAACAAGAUGCGUAUCCAUGGUGAAAAGAUGGAAGAUAUUACAAUAAUCGAAAAAAUUCUUCUAUCGAUGACCUCAAAAUUUAAUUAUGUCAUUUGUUCUAUUGAGGAAUCGAGUGAUAUUGAUGCACUUUCAAUUGAUGAACUACAGAGUUCACUAUUGGUUCAUGAGCAAAGAAUCAAUCAUGAUGUCAAAGAGGAGCAAGCAUUGCAGGUCACAACCAAUAAUCACUCUUUAACAUCAAGAGGAAGAGGCCGAGGCUGA